UUUUGUUCAGUGUGUGUAUUACUUGUCUUGCAGUCGGUCAACAUUGGACCAGGUCGCUAAAGAUGUCAUUUUGGGUUUCUGCUAUUUAAAAAAAAAAAAUUGUAAACCUACUGAAUACACCGUGGAAGACGUUUCAAUAGUGUUUGCCUCGGAAAGUAUUUUCUCUUCAUGGAAUAAGCAGGUAUCCUGCCAAACCAUCUAGUGCACUGAGUGUGGACGCACGAGGAAGGGCAGACACGAGGAAGGGCAGACACGAGGAAGGGCAGACACGAGGAAGGGCAGACACGAGGAAGGGCAGACACGAGGAAGAGCAGACACGAGGAAGAGCAGACACGAGGAAGGGCAGACACGAGGAAGGGCAGACACGAGGAAGGGCAGACACGAGGAAGAGCAGACACGAGGAAGAGCAGACGGACAAAGAAAGGCUUAGCCCCCUUCUCUUCAAUUGGCCUGUCAGGUUCAUAAGCUUUGACUUGACAAAAAACCUCAAGAUCAAUGAGAUACAGUUCAUACUUUGUCCAUAUCUUCUCUCUCAUUUUUGCUUUUCCAAGCCAUGACGCAAUCUAAGUUUAGUAGCCCCACCUAGUGGCAGGGUAUCACAGCUCUGUUUUGACAGAUACUUUUUGUCAUACAGCAAUAGUCAAUCACUCAUACUGCUUACUAUGAGUGAUGAGAAUGCAUACACCACUUCUGGAAAUGACACUAGUGGAGUAAGUUUAGCAGAAGAUGUGGUGGCAGGACAAGAGGCAGUCUCCCAGUCCCCUGAGUCUGUAUUGAGUCAGACUGGCAGCUCUGGCAGCUCCAAUGGAAAGAGGACUCGGUCUGGGGGCAAGUCCUCCCCCAAGUCCUCAAACUCUGAUGACACCGAUUCCCACUUGAGCGGGAACGACUCAGCCGAGAGAGAAGUGGAAGGUCACAUGGGGCAUGAGGCAUCAACCUGCAGCAGCUCCCAUAAUGGAAAGGACUCUGCCAUGGAGACAACCGAGAGCAAAAGCUCCAACUCCCACAGCACUUCCCCUCCCAACAGCUCUAUGGUCUACAGCCUGCUGAGUGGCAGCUCGGAGCAGGACCACCCGUCCACCAGCGGCUGCAGCAGUGGCCAGCCGGCCCGGCUGCAGACCCAGAGAGAGCUACUCAAGGCCCUGAAGGAGCUGAAGAUCCGCAUGCCUGCAGACCACCGGACAAAAGGCCGCUCCAGCACUCUGGCCUCCCUGCAGUACGCUCUCAACUGUGUCAAACAAGUCAGAGCGAAUCAGGAGUAUUAUCACCAGUGGAGUGUGGAGGAGAGCCACGGUUGCAGUCUGGACCUCUCAGCCUUCACCACAGAGGAACUGGACAACAUCACCUCUGAAUACACACUCCAGAACACGGACACAUUCUCUGUUGGAGUGUCCUUCCUCUCUGGGAAGGUGGUGUACAUCUCCCCCCAGGCCUCUCCAAUGCUGCGCACUAAACCUGAGCGACUACAGGGGGCGCUCUUCUCUGAGCUGCUGGCCCCCCAGGACGUCAGCACUUUCUACAGCAGCACGGCUCCCUGCCGCCUGCCCCCCUGGGCCUCCUGUACUGGCUCCAUGACCUCCCCUGUGGACUGCACCCAGGAGAAAUCCAUGUUCUGCCGUAUCAGUGGUGGGAGGGACAGCGAGGGGGAGGUGCGGUACUACCCCUUCCGUAUGACCCCCUACCAGCUGACACUGCGGGACUCUGAUAUGUCCCAGCCACAGCCCUGCUGCCUGCUCAUCGCUGAGAAGGUGCACUCAGGAUACGAAGCUCCCCGUAUCCCAGCUGACAAGAGGAUUUUCACCACCAGCCACACCCCCAGCUGUCUCUUUCAGGAAGUCGAUGAAAGGGCUGUGCCGUUGCUAGGCUACCUGCCCCAGGACCUGGUUGGGACCCCUGUUCUCAUGUACCUCCACCCUGAUGACAGGCCUGUCAUGGUGGCCAUACACAAGAAGAUUCUCCAGUCAGCGGGCCAGCCCUUUGAACACUCGCCCCUUCGUAUGUGUGCCCGGAACGGGGAGUAUCUCACCAUAGAUACCAGCUGGUCCUCCUUCGUUAACCCCUGGAGCCGCAAAGUGGCCUUCAUUGUUGGUCGACACAAAGUCAGAACGAGUCCCCUGAACGAGGAUGUGUUCACGCCUACUGUGGAGGUGGAGGUGCGGGCCAUGUCUCCAGAGAUCCCCAGGCUCAGUGAGCAGAUCCACCGCGUGCUGGUGCAGCCUGUCCACAGUGGUGGCUCCCAGGGCUACUGCAGCUCCCACGGAUCCCACCCACAGAGGCCCAGCCCGGGCUCCUCGUCAGGCAGCAACAGCCCCUCCACCAAGGAGCUCAUCCUGAAGACCAUCCAGAGACCACAGCAGAUGACAUUCCAGCAGAUGUGUAAGGACGUCCACAUGGUGAAGACCAAUGGUCAGCAGGUCUUCACCAAGUCCCGCAACCGCCCAGCACUCCGCAAACACGCCAGCACUGGAGCCCUGGUGGUGCCAGAGAAUUUAAACAAGGACUUGGGACCUAUUGGAGCUCUGGGGCCAACUAAAACCCUGGCCUCAGUGCAGUCAAGGAAAGACCCGUCAGCCAACUACUCCUACCAGCAGAUCAACUGUCUGGACAGCAUCGUACGCUACCUGGAGAGCUGCAACGUCCCCAACACAGUGAAGAGGAAAUGUGGCUCCUCCUCCUGCACCACGUCAUCAACGUCAGACGAUGACAAGCAGAGGGAGUUGCCUGGAACAGCUAAAGAUCUCGGAGGCCCCCAGGGUAAUGAAGGGUCUAAAGGGGGGCCACAGAUGAGCCCUCUGGUGCUGCACUGCAAGGCUAAGAGUGUGGUCUCUGUCACGUCCCAAUGCAGCUUCAGCAGCACCAUUGUCCACGUAGGCGACAAGAAGCCCCCAGAGUCAGAUAUAGUAAUGAUGGAGGAGAGACCAGCCACCCCCACUCUCACCGUCACCUCUCCAGCCACUAACAACGCCAUCACAAUGGCAGUGACCCCCUGGCCGUUGGCCCUGCCCAGCCCGGCACCACCCAGCCCUGCCCUGCCCGAGAGGGACGGCCGCAGGUCAGCUGGAUGCUCAGGCCGCCUGGGUCUGACCAAGGAGGUGCUGUCUGCCCACACCCAGCAGGAGGAACAGGUAUUCCUGAGCCGCUUCAGAGACCUGGGACAGCUACGUGUGCUGGACCCCGGCCCUCCUUCUCUGAGAGGACACACCACCACACCCAAAGGAGUGCGCAGCUCGAAGGACUACCCAGCAGGUGGUCAUGGACGGAGGAGGGGCCGCGGGGGAAAGAGGCUGAAGCACCAGCAGGAGGGCUCCCAGCGUGCGAUGAACGGUAGUUUCAGGAGGGAAGGGCAGGGGCCCCAAGGCCUCACAUUCCCCAUGGGUCAACCCCUGAUGAUGCAGGGACCCCUGACCUCGUCCUCUUCCUGGCCCACCUCUGAGGCCAGUCUCCCUCCUGCCGUGGCCCAGUACCCUCCAGGAGUCCUGCCCUUCUUCCCACUCUACCCCAGCGUGCAACAACAAGUCCUGGCCCACACCGGAGUGAACCCCAAUGCCAUGCAGAUGGGCUACCCCAGCCCCCAGCCAGGCUUACAGUACCCCAUGCAUGCCAAUCAGAUGCCCAUGCCGAUGGCUCCCCCAAUGAUGGUUGUUCUGCCCAACUACAUGUUCCCUCAACUCAACGGAGGUGUACCACAGCUCAAUACCGCCAUGCCUCAGUAUAACACAUCCAUACCGCACCUUUGCCCCGGUAUCCCUGGUAUGGCACAACUUAACCAAGCACUACCGCAGUUCAAACAGACUAUCCCACUACCACAACUCAAUCCUGGAUUGGCUCAGUUCAACCCCGCUAUGACGCAGAUGAAUGGCAUGCCUUGUGUUAGUCCCGUCCUAGCUCAACUCAACCCGUCACAGGUCAAACCUACUUUGUCGAUGAUCCCCCAACACUGUUACGAUCCCAGCCCAGCAUUACCUUUCCCAAAUCCCAUUCCGAUUCCCGGGCUUCCCGGCUUUGCCUUACCCGAGAUGGAUCCCACCUUUGUCCAACACGGCAACUCCCGCUCCAGCACCCCUCAGUCCACGUGCCAAGCCCCCCUGGAGGGGACAGACUCGCCCAUUUUCCAGUCCCGAUGCUCCUCCCCCCUCAACCUGCUACAGCUGGAGGAGUUGCCAGGCAACCGCCAGGAGGGCAUGUCGACAGGGGCGCAGCAGACAUUUCCCCCACCUGGCUCGGUAUCUCAGUUCGGAGGUCAAGGUUCUGUUAAGCGAAGCAUGAAGAGUGACGCCAGAGAGGACGAUAACGAUGAUGCUGAUGACCAGGACGCAAUGUCCACCUCCAGUGACCUGCUAGACCUACUAUUGCAGGAGGACGCCUGCUCAGGCACCGGCUCGGCCGCCUCUGCCUCCGGGUCCUCAGGCUCUGGCUCUAAUGGAUGCAGCACCUCAGGGAGUGGCACAAGAAGCAGCAACACCAGCAAAUACUUUGGCAGCGUUGACUCGUCGGAGAACGACCAUUCCCAUAAGCAGGCACCAGGGGGGGCUGAAGAGGCCCAGCUCAUGAAAUAUGUCCUUCAGGACCCUAUCUGGCUCCUUAUGGCCAACACAGAUGACAAGGUUAUGAUGACGUACCAAAUGCCCACCAGGGACAAGGAGACUGUUCUAAGGGAGGAUGGUAUGAUACUGAGGGCGAUGCAGAAACAGCAGCCGCGCUUCACUGAGGAGCAGAAGAGAGAGCUGAUCCAGGUCCACCCCUGGAUGGGCACCGGACGCCUGCCACAGGCCAUCAACAGCCCUACUUGUACAGGGUGCGGUUCUCCUCCCACUACCUCAGCCCCCCGGCCCCUUAAUGUGGAGCUGCAGGACAUGGAUCUGACAGGGGUCCUCCAGCUACAGGAAGAGACCCCGGUUACCAUGGCAACAGACACACAUGACACCUCCAUCCCACCACCACAAGCACCCCAGACAGAGACUAAGGGGGGCGAGGGUGAGCAGGAAGGAGACUGUAAGGACACCAGAGUGAAAGAGUUGGAGGUGUCGUCAUCAUCCGGAACAGAGAAAGGGGACUCUGGCUGUAAACGGCAACCGAGGAGUUCUAUAUGGCCAAUGACUCUAAAACACAAUGCAUUGGGACAACCGGGAGCCAAGGUCACUGUUAAUGUGUUGUGUUUGAACAAAGAAGUGAACAUGGAUAAGGAGUCAAAGAAUACCUGAUCCUGUUUAAAUACAUAGAGAAUGUAGCUCAAUAUAUAUGGAAUCUAAGGUGUAAAUAUUCAAUGUAUUUAAGUGUAAAAUCGAAAGAGAAGCCCUUAGUAAAUAUUUAUUGGCAUGUUUGGUGCCUGGUUCCCUGUCUAAGGAGGACUGAAGACAUGUUCCAUUUGUAAUUCACUGCUUUGGGAUUUUUCUCCCCUAUAGUGACACUUGGAUAGUUUUACAAGUUAUUGUGUGUAUCAACGCAAUAUAAUUUUUGUCCAAUGUCCAUAUUGGAAAAUGAUGUCAAAUCUAUUUUGAAAACCAUUAAAUCGCAAAUUCAUUUAGAAAAAUAUAUUUGGUAGAAUACUUCAUUCAAGUUUUUUCUAAGUCAUUUCUGAUAUUGUCAACCAAGAGCUGACACUACAGUUUUCUGUGGGCUGUAAUGUUCUGAAUGGUUCAUUUCUUUUAUAAUGUAAUUGUACACCACAAUCGUUGUAUAAAUAUGUAAAAUUUUAGCCAUUGGGAAAACAUCCUAACUAUUUUUUUAAAUCUCCAGAGAAAUACACAAAAUACAUCAAGACCAUGUUAAAAGAAAUACCCUGUUUGUUUGAGUCGUUAUGGGUAUUUCUGGACAAAAGGUAUCUCAGAUUUAUCAGGAGCAGAGAUUGGCAUUCCCAUGUUAACAACAGAUGGAGCCAGUCUUGUUGAUGAGAGAGAGGAGUAGGCCUUGAUCAUGCAGUUGGUCAAGGCCAAUAUGUUCUAUCAACAGUUAGUCUGCCCCUUAUUCCCUUUUUCAUUACUGUAAAUAAAAGGAUUAGUCACUUAUUACAACUCUUUGGGGGGAUUUUGAUAUGUAAUUAAUAUUAAAAAGUGAAUU